CCAUUCCAACUCAACUCGACUUCCAGCCCAGACGCAAUUCCUUCCAGCGACAUAGCUACAUCCCACCAGUUGACCAUCGCGAUGCCUCCCACAAACCUCUCCCCAUCUACCUAUCUAGUCGCAACGCUGUUCUACAAGGUCAAUACGCCGCAUUACUUCCCCCACCCAGAUGCCUCGCCUCGAUCUCCUACCGACCCUAUCCCCUCCGCAUCCCUCGAGCGACUCAAAGAUGGCGCCAUCCCCACCGACAACCUCUCCUCGUAUCCUCUAGAACCCCCAACACCAGGCCCGAACCCCCUAGACCACCUCUACGGCAGCUACAUCACACGGAACUGUCUGACCGACUUCUCUUCAACGUUGGCUACCAUAAUCCCCCACCUCUCCCAAGACGCCAUUGAGAACCGAAAUCUUCAGCAAGAUAAAUUCUGCAAGGUCGUCGAGGCUCGCUUCCCGUUUUCCCCAUCCGCGGACAUAACAUUGGAGACAAUAAGAAGGCAUGAGAAUAUUUCUCGCUUUGAACGGGAAUGGAAUGUCGAGGUGGUAUUCCAGACGGAUAACGUCCACCGUCGCUACAAGCGGCUUGCCGUUUUCGACAUGGACAGCACCCUCAUCCAGCAGGAAGUCAUUGACGAGAUCGCCGCCCUCAUUGGAGUACAAGAUCAAGUCUCAGCCAUAACCGCAGCAGCCAUGAACGGCGAACUGGACUUUGAAGCAAGUCUCCGCGCUAGAUGUAAAUUGUUGACGGGCGUCCCAAGCAGUGUCUGGGAAACGCUCAAAGACAGAAUCACCAUGAACGAAGGCGUUCCAGAACUUCUCAGAGCGUUGAAGAGAUUGGGUUUCAAAACUGCCGUGUUGAGCGGUGGUUUCACACCUCUGGCGGAAUGGAUGGCAGGGAGGUUGGGACUCGACUACGCUUUCGCGAACAAUUUGGUCGUCUCAUCAGAUGGCCAGACUCUCACUGGCGAGCUCACCGGCGAGAUCGUACACGCGGAGAAGAAGCGUCAGCAUGUCUUGGAGAUCGCCGAGAAAGAGGGGAUUUUGCUCGAACAGGCUGUGUGUAUAGGUGACGGUGCAAACGAUCUUCCCAUGAUGGGCGUCGCUGGGCUCGGUGUAGCGUUUCACGCAAAACCAAAGGUGCAGAUGCAGGCACCCGCGCGGUUGAACUCCAAGAGCAUGCUGGAUGUUUUGUAUUUGUUUGGUAUCACCCGCGAAGAGCAGGAGGUUUUGAUACGGUGA